UAUCAAAAGAUGUCACUGAAGGAAAAGGUACAUCAACUCUCUGUUUUAUCAACCAGUUCGACUUCUUUCUUUCAAGUUAAACCAUCUCGACGAAAGCAUUCCAAUCAAAAGCUACGUUCAAAAUUCGCCGGCUCCAAUUUAACAUAAAAAGACAGUUCACUACUUAAAUUUCUCCUUUACGCAAAAAAAAAUGGACGAAUGGGACGAUCCAGUUCCGGUAACGCAGAACAGCACAUCAUCUGACGGUGGGCGCAGCUUUAGCAGGGGCAGGGGAUUUUCUGCCCAUUCAAAUGAAAAUGGGUCAGCUAACGAUAAUGGAUGGGGCGAAGACAGAGGUAGAGGAGGAGGCGGAUUCGGUGGCCGCGAGAGGAGAGGGCGAGGUGGUGGUCGUGGCGGCGGCAGAAGUGAAGGUUGGGAUAAUAAUGACAACGGCAACAGUGGCGGAGGUGGCGGGUGGGGCGAUGAAAAUAACGAAGACGGCGGUUCUCGUAGAGGGCGAGGUGGUCGUGGGGGCGGCCGUGGAGGUCGAGGUCGUGGCGGCGGCGGCCGAAACGAUGAUAGUUGGGGCGGAAAUCAAAAGAGUGAAGAUAGUUGGGGAGGAGGAGGUGGUGAUGACUCUGAACCAAGGGAGAAUAAUUGGGGCGGUGGCGACAGUAAUGGUAAUCGAGGAGGAGGAAGAGGUAGAGGAGGCGGUCGUGGGGGUAGAGGUGGUGGCAGAGGAGGUCGCGAUGGUGGAGGCGACGGUGAAACAAAUUGGAAUUCUGGAGAGGGAGGUGAUGAGGCAGAACAGCCUAAAAGAGAAAUUUAUGUUCCUCCAGAACCUACAAUGGAUGAAGAUGAAUUGUUCAGUUCUGGUAAUACAUCGGGAUUGAAUUUUGGAAAGUAUGAUGACAUUGCUGUAGAGGUAUCAGGUGAAAACGUACCUAAGCCCAUUACCAAUUUCGAGCAGUCUGGACUUCGGAAAUUAUUAUUAGAUAAUGUUUUAAAAUCUGGAUACACAAAACCGACACCAGUACAGAAAAAUGCUAUUCCUAUGAUAAUGAACGGCAGGGAUGUAAUGGCGUGCGCCCAGACGGGAUCUGGAAAAACUGCCGCCUUUCUCUUGCCCAUAAUUCACUGUUUGCUAGACCAACCAACUGAAUUAAUAUUCGACGGUGAAAGUUGCCAGCCUCAGGCAAUAAUCGUUUCACCCACUCGUGAAUUGUGUAUACAAAUAUUUGAAGAAGCGCGAAAAUUUUCGUUUAAUUCUAUAAUUAAAGUUGCCAAAGCAUAUGGUGGCACUUCUGUAGGUUAUCAAAGGAAACAUGUCGUUAAUGGCUGCCAUAUAUUAGUGGCUACUCCUGGAAGAAUGCACGAUUUUGUGAAGAGAGGAAGUAUCUCCUUUGCAUCUGCCCGGUUUGUGGUAUUGGAUGAGGCAGACCGGAUGCUUGAUAUGGGUUUCCUACCUGCCAUGGAGGAAAUGAUGACUCACGAUACUAUGGUGGCUACGAUGCAAAUGUUUCAGGGCGAACGACAAACUUUGAUGUUUUCAGCGACAUUCCCCGAAGAAAUUCAACACUUGGCCGCAAAGUUUUUAAACAACUACAUUUUUGUCGCUGUAGGAAUCGUAGGAAGCGCUUGUUCCGACGUCGAACAGAUCUUUUUCCAAGUGGAUAAAUUUAAAAAACGGGAGAAACUUUUGGAAAUUUUAAGGGAGGAUUCUGAAAGAACAUUAGUGUUUGUGGAAACCAAACGAAAUGCAGAUUUCCUAGCUACAUUUUUAAGUGAAAAUAACUUUAUAAGUACCAGUAUUCACGGAGAUCGUUUGCAACGUGAACGAGAAGAAGCCCUCAAUGAUUUUAAGCGAGGGUCAAAGAAUAUUUUAGUUGCAACCGCCGUCGCAGCUAGAGGUUUGGAUAUUAAAAAUGUCAAGCACGUAAUAAAUUAUGAUCUACCGAAAAGCAUUGACGAGUAUGUUCAUCGUAUUGGGCGAACAGGAAGAGUGGGUAAUCGUGGUAAAGCGACCAGUUUCUAUGACAGUUCACAAGAUGGUGCAAUAGCAAGUCAGCUAUCUCGAAUUCUAUCCCAGUCCGGACAAAAUGUUCCAGACUGGUUGCAGCACGGAGGCGGUGGUACUUACAGUAGCAGCGCUUUUGGAGGACGUGAUAUUAGAGGGGACGAUUUUGCACAAUCAAGAAAUGUUGAGGAGCCUACAGAUGACUGGUAGAUCUGUGUAUUAUAGGGAGUUGUUCAUAUUUUUCUUGACGAAUUUAUUUGGUUUUUUUCUUUUCGUGAUCUUAGUGAUCAAUAUUAAGACUUUCAUAGUAUAAAGACAAAUUAGUGCGGUGCAUCAAAGUAAAUUGAUGAUGUUUUCACUUUUAUUCAUUUUCAUCUUAAAUAUACUACUUAUUCCUAUGAUUAUAGUAUUUCUAGUAUUGUUAUUUCGUUCACAAACCUAACAAUUAACCUGUGAUUUUGUUGGUUAAGUAUUGUUACGUUUUUGUGUGGCAUACGUAAAUCGCAAAUAUAUUUUUAAAUUGAA